AUGAUAGGACUGAUGUACAUGGUCCACCAAAAAAUGCGGCCGUCAAUGACAUUGAGGUUCUCGCGAUCCGCAAUCGUCUCGAAGCGCCACGCUUGUGUGGUACCGUCGUCAGCAAUCUCAUUCCACCACCGCAAGCCGACUAGGAGACGGCCUGUGACGUUUUUCACGGUCCAAAAGUCGAACGCGAGGAGCGUGACAGUGAUGACAAACUGGAUAACAAACGAGUCUGUGAAGAAGCCAAGCAAGAGAUAA